AAGAAAUCCUGCGAAUCCUCAGGUCUUCAAAGGCGACGUUUGAGUUAAGAAAGGCACUGGAAGCACCAUGGAGAUUCUGGCACUGUCUUGCCUCCUUUUGACCAUCGGAAGCUCGACAGGGUUUCCUCAAGAGCAGGAGCGGGAGGCCAGGGUUUCGUCCGCCUUCCAGAAGCUUCGUUCGCCCAUCACGGAGGUUCCCCUGGCAGAGAUGUUCAAGCUGAUGAACAAUCGGAAUGAUAUUAAGUUCUACGUGGACUGUGUGACGGAGAAGGGGAGUUGUAACAGCAUCGGGAAGGCUAUGCAGAGCUUGAUCCUCGACGUCCAAGGCGGUGGCGAGAUCUGCCGAGGCUGCAGCGAGUGCGAGAUGGAACGUGUCCAGUACAUGUUAGACACCCUGAGGACAGAGUACACCGACCUCGCUUGUCAGAUUCAGACUUACUUGAAGAAACCUAUCUUCGCUGGUCAAAAUCCCUGCCUUUAAAUCCCCCUUCUUUCUGAGAGGGAUUAGAGCACCUUGAUGGCGGAUUUUACGUGGGAUUUGUGCCUUUUCUUUUCGUGUUUUUUUCUGUUUUUUUGCUUUCGUUUUCUCUUUUUUUAAUCAGAGUUAUUGGACUUUUGUGAAAUGUAAAGGAUUUUUUUUUCUCUCUCUCUCUUGCCUUUGUGCUAAUUUCUGUGCCUCGUAUUUGAAGAAUAAAUUUGGCUUUGAA